AUGCUGGAGUUGGCUGAGUGUAAUAGCCAAGAGUUAUCGUCCAACUUGGGUCGGUGUUCAUGUAUGUACGUUAACUAUGCAACGUUCAGCGAAGAUUACGUCCGUGCAAAGGCCUGUUUAAAGACGAAUUUGGAAGAUUUUGAAGAGCUACAUAAGGUGCUGAAACCACUGCUGUGUAACGUAGAUCAACUAGUAGAACGGGAAGUCAAGGCCAGUAUCUUUAGAAUGGACAACUGUUUGAUUACCAAUUUGCAUGAAGACAUAGAAGGCCUUAAGUAUAUGCGUUCGGCAAUAGAAAUUUGCGGUGGAAUGAAUGUUGAGUGCCCCCGACACAAUCGCGAUGAUGAUCGAAAGGAAAUGUUCAUCCGUGACCGGGAUGAUAAGGAUAGGGAUAAGGAUCAUGAUAAGGAUAAGGAUCAUGAUAAGGAUAAGGAUCAUGAUAAGGAUAAGGAUCAUGAUAAGGAUAAGGAUCAUGAUAAGGAUAAGGAUCAUGAUAAGGAUAAGGAUAAUGAUAAGGAUAAGGAUAGGGAUAAUGAUAAGGAUAAGGAUAGGGAUAAGGAUAAGAAUAAGGAUAAGGAUAAUGAUAAGGAUAAGGAUAAGAAUAAGGAUAAGGAUAAGGAUAAUGAUAAGGAUAUGAAUAAGGAUAAGGAUAAGGAUCAUGAUAAGGAUAAGGAUAAGGAUCAUGACAAGAAUAAGGAUAAGGAUCAUGAUAAGGAUAAGGAUCAUGAUAAGGAUAAGGAUAAUGAUAAGGAUAAGGAUAGGGAUAAUGAUAAGGAUAAGGAUAGGGAUAAGGAUAAGAAUAAGGAUAAGGAUAAUGAUAAGGAUAAGGAUAAGAAUAAGGAUAAGGAUAAGGAUAAUGAUAAGGAUAUGAAUAAGGAUAAGGAUAAGGAUCAUGAUAAGGAUAAGGAUAAGGAUCAUGACAAGAAUAAGGAUAAGGAUCAUGAUAAGAAUAAGGAUAAGGAUCAUGAUAAGAAUAAGGAUAAGGAUCAUGAUAAGGAUAAGGAUCAUGAUAAGGAUAAGGAUCAUGAUAAGGAUAAGGAUCAUGAUGAUGAUGAAGAUGAUCAUAUGUGUAGUGGUGUCGCUACUCGUCGACCGCCACCGGGAGGGACCGGGAUGGGACCGUCAACUGAAUAA